CUCUCAGUUCGCACCCACGUCCUCAGUCUUGAACUACCAACGUAGGAUGGCCGACUCUCCUGACGCAGACAAUCAACGCCAUGAGGACGCCUACGACGAGGCAGCUCGCGCCAGCCUGGACAGCGCAGAGCAAUACGUGCUUCAACGGUCGGAGGCCAUCGCGGCGCGACUGCUCGCACGGGACAAAGAACGGAACGCCAUCGCUGCAGUUUACCGUAAAGCCUGGGACGACUUCUACGACUGGGAGCCCGAGCCCUGUCACUCGCUGAUUAGGAGCCUCAUCGCGGCGCCAACUCAGGCCCCAUGGGACGAGGCUGACACGGCCGUACCGUUCUGUGUUUCUGACGAGAGCAUGGAUGUCGACGAGGUCGCGAACGGUAUAUUCCAGGUAUUCGACAUGGAACGGGAGCGGGUAAGUAUGUUAGAUGUGGACAACGUCCGUGGUCAGGUCUUUGCUCUACACCCGAAGUACGAGGCAUGCACGCCGACAUCGCAAAACAUCAAGACCGACGACGACGAGUCUGAGUGGCUCCGAUUCGUAUCCUAUGCUGGAGAGCCCGGGUUCGACGAGGAACAAUUGGCGCGAGACCACAAGCAUUUCUAUUGGCAGGAUGUCUGUCGUGACCCGGAUGCUGACCUGAUUGGACUCGAAACAAUACAUCGCCUGGAGGCGCAAUCGUUCUCCUACAACGUUGUUGAUACACACUCGGUUCUUCCCAGACUUCUAGGACACAACGGUCUGAUCGGGCGCAUACACAAGAGGGACUUAUGGCACUGGCCUGAUGUUCCUGAGCUGCCACAUGUCGAAUUGGAUGACUAUACUCUUAAAACACAGGUCAAUGAGUAUGUAGACAAGACAUGCCCACAUGUGGGCUGCUUAUACAGUCUCUGCUUCCCACAUAAGCAGGUCAAUGAGCUGCUCUCAGGGCAGACUGCACACAUCAAAUCUGUAUCUCUCAAGCAACAAAUCCAGAGACCAUGUGGAGAUAUGUGUUGUGUCAUAGACAGGCCUGAGGAUGACAUAGACAACCCUGCUAUGACUGAUGCACAAUGCAUCAAUGACAUUCUGUCAAUUUUGCCAGAUGAAAUGCCCUGCACAAUUGCCUCUAUUGCAAUGGUGCCAUGCUACCAAGUGUUCAUGAAUAGAUGCCAAUUAUUUCCUGACCACAGCAUUGUACCAGCUAGGGGUGUUGGUUCAAUUGAGCACAUGCAUCCAGCACCUCCUGUCCAACAAUUCAGUAUGAGAGCAAUCACAGAUCCACUUUAUUCCAUGUGUUGACAUUUUUAUAGAAGAUGAAGGAGUUGCUGGGGAAGGAUAUUUGAAUCCUGCAGGGCAGGUAUCUCAAGAUUAUCAAUGUAUAUUUUCUCACAUAUUUUCAUAGAGUUGACUUCUGUUACCAUCAAGGGCCAUGUGGAUUCCAGUGUCCUUGCUACAGGGCUAAAAUGCACUGCAAGCGAGGCU